AUGAACACCGCACUCCUCCGCACAUCCGCCCUGCGCUCCGCAGCCCGAGCCGCAGCUCCCACCACAUCUCGCGCUGGCCUCGCAGGCACGACAUUCGUUCGCGGCAAGGCCACGCUGCCCGACCUUCCAUACGACUACGGCGCGCUCGAACCCUCCAUCUCAGGCAAGAUAAUGGAGCUGCACCACAAGAACCACCACAACACCUACGUAACCUCCUUCAACAACUUCAGCGAGCAAAUCGCCGAAGCCAAGCAAAAAGAAGACAUCAAAGCGCAAAUCGCCCUGCAGCCCUUGAUCAACUUCCACGGCGGCGGCCACAUCAAUCACAGCCUCUUCUGGGAGAACCUCGCACCUACCAACCAGGGCGGCGGCGAGCCUCCUUCUGGCGCCCUGUCUGCUGCUAUCAACAACAGCUACGGCAGCCUCGACGCGUUCAAGGAGAAGUUCAACACGGCGCUUGCGGGCAUCCAGGGAAGCGGUUGGGCGUGGUUGGUGCAGGAUACCCAGACCGGUGCUAUUCAGAUUAGGACGUAUGCGAACCAGGAUCCUGUUGUCGGGCAGUUCCGUCCUAUCCUGGGUGUUGAUGCUUGGGAGCAUGCUUACUACCUCGACUACCAGAACCGCAAGGCCGAGUACUUCAAGGCUAUCUGGAACGUCAUCAACUGGAAGGCCGCUGAGAAGCGCUUCCAGUAG